AUGCAACGGAUCAUUCCACGCGUCGACCCCGCCAACCACCCCCUCAACGAAAUAUUUGCGCGCGAGUUCCUUACCGAGUACGUGAAUCGCGCGCCCACCGGCCCCACCACAGUCACCAUCGAGCCAAAGAAGCCUAAGGGCCCCGUGAUCGAUGAACGAAUGACAGCGGAAGAAAAGAAGUACUGGGAGACGUACUUCAACCAAAAAACCGCCGCCGGUACCACGGGCCGUCUCGUUGAUGAGGGCAUGAAAACUGACGAGAAGAAGGAGUGGGAGGCGUACUUUGGAAAGCAGGCCACCACCAAUAAGGAUACCACCGUCGAAGUUGGCAAGGCCUUCGUUGAGACGGUGUUUAACCUUACUGAGCUCCAGAAGACCAGGUGUUCCCUUCCUUACGCCAAGAUCGAGAAGAUCUUGAACACUGACAAGGAGAGGGACGCCGAGAAGCUUAUGGUCCCUCCUACCGCCGCUGACCUUCCUCACGUUACUCUAACUGCUGCUGAGGACGCAAACAUGGGCUCCCCUGCCAUGACCCGUGUUGCUGGAGGUCUCGGUUUCUCCUUUGCCACGAAGAGGAACGUCAAGAAGGGGGGAGCCGUUAAGCUCAAGGAGGAGAAGAAGGCUGCUGCUAUGCCAAUCCACAAGAGCAUUCUUCAGACGACAUGUGCCAAAGCCCUCGGGCAGCGCAUGUAG